ACAGAUUAUUACAUGAAAGAUGUAUUUCUUUACACAGUGCAAGUUUUGAAUAAGAGACGAAAAAGAAAGACGUCUUCUCUUUGUACCCACAGCUUUAUUGUAACUGGUAACACAGGAGAUUUGAACUUUCCCAACUACCCCUUGGAUACACCCAUGGGCUGUUGCUCUCCUUUUUCUGCCAGAGUGUAUUUCGUGUCGCGUUCCAGCGCAGACGGCGAGGCGAGAGGCAAGACUCAGGUGCGGGGAACGUGUAAUUUGACCGGGAAAUUCAACGCGCUCCGUGUGAUCGUAUAUUAAAUCGUAUCUGCUUGCGAGAAACCUUCGACGAUCCUUCGCGAGAAAAUAACAACAAGAAAGUUAUUAAUUGUUGUAGAUGUUGUAUUUCUAGUAGCAGGUAUCUGACGAAGAGGGGGAUCGUAGGACACGAUUGUAAAUAAUCGAACGAUCGGCAUACACGAAGAGCACUUCGAGCUGGCUGAUCGCAAAAAACAUAACGCGAACGGCAUCCUUAGCUCAAGAUCGCAAUAAUCAUGACGUCCAAGGAUGCAUCUUCGAUCUUCAAACGAUUCCAAAUCCUUAUGGAGGACGAUUUGGGACCGGCUCAUCACCUACGGGAUCGCCAGCGCUAGCCUAUUUGCAGCUCUGUACAGAAUUAGACCUUUUGCGAGAUUUACGAAGCCUUCCGACAUCCCCUCGCAUUUUCUGCAAUCACGGGUUCCACUUCAAGGUACUGUAACACAUGUGGAACCGAGCUCUAAUGUUUUACUGAUGGUCGAUCAUCAAUCCUUGCUGCCUUUUCCUCAUUUCAACAAUAAAGCCUAUCUGCCUGUGAAAAUUUGUGGCAUUAACGUUACAGGUAAUGGUGUAAGUUGGUUGCAAAUUGUGCUUAAUGGAAAGCACAUAACAUUUGUGCCUAUAAUCAAAGAAAAAGAAUAUUUGGAGUGCGAGAUUAUAAUGCCACAAAAAGAUAAGGAUUCGUUAGAAGUUGGCAAGGAAUUAAUCAAAUUAGGUUUAGCUACAGUACAUGAACCUUGGAUAAAACUAAAUGAUAAAUGCUUUUUAGCAUACAAAAAAUCUUUAGCAAGCGCGCAGAAGUGGGCAGUACGUAGAAGAAAUGGAUACUGGCAUAUUGUCAAGCAGCCAACAGUUCUGUGGAAAGCAGAAAUGUUUAUAAUUAACAAAAUGAAAUCGUUAUUACCAAUCAUUGUAGCAAAACGGCUUGAUUUAUAGUUGUUCAUAAACUUCCAGUGAUAUAUUUUUUUUAAUAGUUUGUACAAAGAGAGAAUUAUAUACAUUAUGUACUUAAGGAUUUUUUAAUAAAGUUAUUUUA